AUCGUUAUGUCUCAGCAAGCCACUGCGCGCAUCCUCAUAUAUUCUGCAACUCAGGGUUAUCGUCAUGAUUCGAUUCCAGCCUCUAUUGACGCUCUGAAGUCAAGGGCCUCUUCGAUCAACGUACAAUAUGAUGUCACGGAAGAUCAGUCCUUGUUCACCGAAGAUUACCUCAAGCAGUAUGAUGCCGUAUUGUUUUUGAACAAUUCAGGCGAAAUUCUGGAUGAGGCUGGGAAAGGAGGUUUGCAGAGAUACCUGGACUCUGGAGGGAAUUUUAUCGGCGUGCAUUGCGCAUCUGCGUGUCUAUACAAUGAUGAAUUCUUCAAGAAGGAAAUAGGCGCACUUUUUGACUAUCAUCCCGACAUUUGCGCGGCGGUAUAUGAUGUCAUCGGUCCGUCGCAUCCAAGCACGAGCAUACUGCCUAAGAGAUGGGAGCUUCACGAUGAAGUAUAUAAUUUCAUGUCAGACCCGCGCGACGUGGGCGCAACGGUAGUCUUAUCUGUUGAUGAAUCGACAUACACCGACGAUGGCGUCCGUAAAUACGACCACGGAAAUCCUCACCCCACCGCAUGGUUCCAGGAGCGUGGCGCAGGUGUUCAGCCAGGUGGCAUAGCAGGCCGCAGCUUCUACACCAGCCUUGGGCAUGCCAUUGAGACGUGGCAUAACGAGCUGUUCUUGGCUCACGUCUUGGGUGGGAUUCAAUGGGCAGUUCAGUCGGGUACAACGAAGGCAUUUAACCCAAAUGCGCUAGUAGGCAACUCCGCAACUGCCUCCGCUUGAUAUUUGCCAUGUAUGUUGUUCGCCUAACAGCCACGACCCUUGGAUAGCUCAGACUUACUGUACGGCUUAGGAGGUAAGAUGAACAGAUCAAAUUAACAAGUGC